ACUUCCGGUCCACUCAGCAAUGGCGGCUUUGGAGACGGUGCCUAAGGAUUUGCGAAAUUUGCGUGCUUGCUUGCUCUGUUCGCUAGUUAAGACCAUUGAUCAGUUCGACUAUGAUGGUUGUGAUAACUGUGAUGCCUAUCUGCAGAUGAAGGGCAAUCGAGAGAUGGUGUAUGACUGCACCAGUUCUUCCUUCGAUGGGAUCAUUGCGAUGAUGAGCCCAGAUGACAGCUGGGUCUCCAAGUGGCAACGGACCAGUAACUUUAAGCCAGGUAUCUAUGCUGUAUCAGUGACCGGACGAUUACCCCAAGGUAUUGUGAGAGAGCUGAAGAGUCGCGGUAUGAUCUACAAAUCAAGAGACACUGCUAUCAAAUCAUAACCAAUUGUCUGCCAGUGAAAAUCCUUCUUAUGGUCUGAUUUGGUCCGAUCCUCUUACAAGUGGAAUUUGACUUUUUCCAAAUGUACCUGGGAACUCCUUAUAAUGUUCUUGCUGUAAAAGUACUGGGUAUAUUUUUCCUACCCUCUUGUGAAUGGCACAAUUAGUGAGCAGCAUGUAAAUACUACAGAUAGGAAUCUCCAUGCACAUACCCAGAAUCAGAAUUGUGUUUGUGUGGUUCAGAGUUCCAUAAACAUCUCUUCAGGAGAAAGGCUUGGAGACCAGAAAAUGGUGCAGGCUGUCAUUUUAUAAACCUAGCUUUUAAUAGACUCGUUUGUGCAGAUUGCAAUAAACAAUUUUGUAUGCAAAAAUGUUCAACGUUAAAAUUAAAUAAUACUGUACGAC